UAUCAACCAAGCACCUUGCUUAAAUCCUCUGAGAGGUGGUCCGGGUGUUUUCAGGGCCAGCUUGAGGAAUUUUCUUUCUUUUCCAGACUUUCACUCGUCCCCAUAUCCGUAAGGGGCCAGGCAUCCGUUCCUGCAUCGCAGAACCCACAUCAACCUCGCCACCUCGCCACAACAGGAACUUCCACAGAGCUGGCUGGUGCUUUGGAUGAAGGCCAUAUCGUCAAUGUCUUUGCUCUGGAGGAAUAAGAUUUCCUGAUUUCAAAAAAAAUAAAAUAAUAAUAAUAAUAAUGGCCAGGAUGCUUGCACCGAAGCCGAGUCGUGAUUCGGCAUCAGACCCAUCUCUAGAUAGCCCAUCGUCGUUUCCGAGACGCACCUCCGCGAGACUGGCACGAUCAGCCCAGAUUGAUGUGUCGGUCGACGAUACGGGGAACGGCUUGCCUCACGCCGAGGAACUACGUGCCCCUCGGAAUAUUAAAAUGCCUGCUAUAGAGGUCGCUAUCCCGACGAAGAAUUACUCUCCUGGUCCUAGCCUAACCCGGUCCCCGUCGUCCUCUAUCGUUGACAAUACCUCUGCCGAUGGAACCAAUGGAUAUACUACUCCAGCCACCAGUGUCGCCCCAACCCCCGCUGAACAGGAUGCCGCGAACCCGAAGAAGAGAAUCAGUGCUGCAGCUCGGGCUCGGGAAUUACGCUCCAGCACACUGGCAAUCAAUACGGGGGGAGGGAGGAAAAGGACCAGAGCCACGACAUCCGGCGACUCAACCCCACUCCAGCAGUCCGAUGAGGCCAUUGCUGCUGCCCUUCAGGCAGAAGAGUACCAAAAGACAUCUACAAAACGCCGAAAAGUUCCUGAAAUUAGUGACUCUGCCGAAGAAGAGAGUGACUUGACGGAUCUCACACUCAACGAUGAUGUGGAUGACAACGACUUCACCGAAUGGCAGCCAACUCGCAAGACUAGGAGCUCCCUCCAAUCCCUGCCCAACCCUGGACCCUCAAGUUAUAGGGAGCUGAAACCUCACAUGGGAGAUAGUUCUGAGGAUGAACAGGACUAUCAUAAUGAGAGUGAUGCGGGUUCUGAUUCAAUCAGCUCUGCAUCUGCAACAGACGAGGAUGUCCCGCUAGCGUCCCAGAGAACGUCGAGAAUUCGUUCCGCUGUGCGUCCCAGAUCUCGUGGUCAGACUCAAACUCGAGUACGCUCGAAUAUUGACAAUCUACCCCGGACCCCUGCGGAGGCGUGGAUGAGCCGUCGUGCAUUUAGGGAACGCAAAAAGCUCGAGAAGCAACACCCUUGUGUUGUCAGCAUGUGGGAUGAUUUAAGAAAUUCCCCUCCUAUAGCGCCAGUGGCCGCGGAACAACCUCCAGGCAUAUCAAGAAGUCUCAAGUCAUUUCAGCUUGAAGGGUUAAACUGGAUGAUCCGGCAAGAGCAGUCACACUACAAGGGUGGAUUACUGGGUGAUGAAAUGGGCAUGGGGAAGACGAUACAGGCGGUCUCCCUCCUCAUGUCUGAUUAUCCCGCUAAAAACCCGUCGCUUGUGGUUGUUCCACCUGUUGCUUUGAUGCAAUGGCAGUCUGAGAUCAAGGAAUACACAAGUGGUCAAUUGAAAGUACUCGUGUAUCACAAUUCAAACUCCAAGCUCAAAGGACUUACAAAGAAAGAUCUCCAAGAAUACGAUGUUAUCAUGAUAUCUUACUCUGGCCUUGAAUCGAUCCAUCGAAAGCAGUGGAAAGGGUGGAAUCGCCACGACGGAAUCGUGAAAGAGGAUAGUAUCAUCCAUUCCAUACACUAUCACCGCCUUAUCCUAGAUGAAGCCCACAGCAUUAAGCAACGCACUACAAGUGUUGCCCGUGCGUGUUUCGCCUUAAAGGCAAACUUCAAGUGGUGCCUUUCGGGAACCCCCGUUCAGAACAGGAUCGGAGAGUUUUUCUCUCUGUUGCGUUUCCUUGAAGUCCGCCCAUUUGCUUGCUAUUUCUGUAAGCAGUGUCAAUGCAAGGAGCUACACUGGUCACAGGAUGCAGAGAAGCGCUGCACCAAAUGCAAACAUAGUGGUUUUAGUCAUGUAUCAGUGUUCAAUCAGGAGAUUCUCAACCCUAUUACCGAAAGUGACGACGCGAUACCUCGGAAGGAAGCUUUGUCUAAACUCCGCCUUAUUACAGACCGAAUCAUGCUUCGGCGGGUCAAACGCGACCACACUGCUUCGAUGGAGCUUCCCCCUAAGCGUGUCGUCUUGCACAAUGAAUUCUUUGGGGAAAUCGAACGCGAUUUCUCUCAGAGUAUCAUGACCAAUUCUAGCAGACAGUUUGAUACUUACGUCAGCCGUGGCGUGAUGCUGAACAAUUAUGCGAAUAUUUUCGGACUCAUCAUGCAAAUGCGGCAAGUUGCAAACCAUCCGGAUUUGAUCUUGAAGAAACACGGCGAAAGUGGGCAGAACGUCCUUGUCUGCAGCAUCUGCGAUGAGCCUGCAGAGGAAGCUAUCCGUUCUCGCUGCCGUCAUGAGUUCUGUAGGCGAUGCGCCAAGGAUUACAUUCAAUCAUUCCAAGAAGACACGAUCAUCGAUUGCCCUCGGUGUCAUAUUCCCCUCUCGAUUGACUUUGAGCAGCCUGAUAUUGAGCAGGAAGAAGAGCACAUUAAGAAGAACUCUAUCAUCAAUCGCAUCCGAAUGGAGAACUGGACCUCGUCGACCAAAAUCGAGCUGCUUGUUUACGAGCUGUUCAAGCUGAGGAGCAAAAAGCAAACACACAAGUCCAUCGUGUUCUCCCAGUUCACAUCUAUGCUGCAACUUGUGGAGUGGCGUUUGCGACGUGCUGGUUUUAAUACCGUUAUGCUGGACGGAACCAUGACACCUGCCCAGCGUCAAAAAUCAAUUGAUUACUUCAUGAAGAAUGUGGAUGUGGAGGUGUUUUUGGUCUCUCUCAAAGCGGGAGGUGUCGCUCUGAAUCUGACUGAGGCGUCGAGAGUUUUCAUCGUGGAUCCGUGGUGGAACCCCGCCGCUGAAUGGCAGAGUGCUGAUCGAUGUCACCGUAUCGGCCAACGACGCCCAUGUGUGAUUACCCGACUGUGUAUCGAGGAUUCGGUCGAGUCUCGCAUUGUCUUGUUGCAGGAAAAGAAGGCAAACUUAAUCAACGGGACGAUCAAUAAAGACCAGGGCGAAGCUUUGGAGAAGCUUACCCCGGAAGAUAUGCAGUUCCUGUUUCGGGGGUCAUGAUUUACUGGACUUCGUCGAUUUACCCUCUGGACGGGAAGACGUUGGUCGCAAACUAGACCGUUUUUCAAAGGUCCUAUAAGCGAACUAUCUGAUUUGCAGCCACUAUCAUUUAAUUUCUGAAUGUCAGAGUACCUUUCUCCACUUCCA